GACUGUUUUGAUACACUGCAAGCUGUUUAGUUCAUGCUUUGAGAGUUUCAAGACUGUUGUUGAUACUGUUGUUUGUUUCUCUCUGUUUGGUUGAAUUUUCGGAUUUUGUUUUCUGAAAAAUUUUCAAAAACAAACUAGUUUGGUGAAAAAAAUGAUUAUUUUCAUAUGUUCUUCUGCUUUUGGGGACGGAAAUAAUUUUUUAAAUAUUAAAAAUUUCUUUUUUUUAGGUGUUAUUUUUGUCAAACUAGUUUUUUUCUGAAAAUUCAACCAAACAGUAAUUUUUCAAAGGACAAGAGAAAAGGAAAAACAUUGUUCAAGACGAUAUUUUCUUGCAUUUCCUUAUGUUCUUUUUCCUAGAGUCAAACAGAGGGUACGUUCAGACUAAUAUAGGUCGUGUCAUAUAACUAGAAGUUUAUGGUUUUGGGAGAACAGCAGUACAAGCACACAAUCAAUAUGAUAUUCAAGUCUCUUUUUUCUUUUUUCUUUUUUGGAAUCAUUUUCAAUGAUAAUUUAGAGGCCAAUGUGAAAUUAACAAGUGGGUAUGUUGUUUCUAGUUGUUUGGAAAUUUAUUGUAUGGAAAGAUGUUGAAUUGAAACUAUUCAGACAGAUCAGUAUUAGUGAAGGUUGUUUAAUUCUGCAUCCGAUGAACAUUGGUUUAAGCUUUAUUGGGCUUUAAUGCUCUUUCUAUUUGCUAGGGCGGGAUCUCUUUGUGGCCUAUCACGUGUUCCUUAAGUGAUUGAUGUCACCUAAUGCUCAUUCAUAAAAACACUAAUCUGAGGCAGGGAAUACUUGGCGUUACAUCUUUCCAACGGAGGGAACGCCAAUAUGCCUACAGAUUAACACAGACAGUUUCAUGUUUGCCAGCUUGCCUAGAUGCCCUGGAUAUAACCAAACUUGAUAAGCUCCAUUCUCAAACAAAUAGCACACACAAAGGUUUUAGAAACACAAAGAUGUCAUCUGAGAUCAUUGAAAAACUGGGAAGCGAUGUGGUCAUCAAAGAAAACUUACAAGACUUGCCUCUUUCAUCUACAUAUGAAACUGCCAUGGAAGCACUUUCAUCUCUCAUUACUGGCCAAAAACGUGGAAAUAGAACUGUUGUUGGGGCUAAAACUGGGAAAUUGAAUAGAAUGUUGAUGUAUAUUAAGAUAUUUGGCUUGGAGGAACAGAUGGCUGGCCUUAACAUUAUCCAUGUUGCUGGCACUAAAGGAAAGGGUUCAACAUGCACAUUCUGUGAGGCAAUUUUACGGGAGUGCGGUUUUAGAACUGGACUCUUUACUUCUCCUCACCUGAUUGAUGUUAGAGAAAGAUUCCGUCUGAAUGGAUUGGAUAUAUCUGAAGAUAAAUUUUUAAUGUAUUUUUGGGAUUGCUGGAACCAAUUGAAGGAAAGCGUUACAGAGGACUUGCCAAUGCCUCCACUUUUCCAGUUCCUUACUGUAUUGGCAUUUAAGAUAUUCAUAUCUGAAAAGGUAGACGUUGCUGUUAUUGAGGUCGGUCUUGGAGGGAGUAGGGACUCAACAAAUGUGAUUGAGAAACCUGUUGUCUGUGGCAUUACUUCUUUGGGUUUGGAUCACGUGGAAACAUUGGGAGAUACCAUUGGAAAGAUUGCUUCCCACAAAGCUGGAAUUUUCAAGCCUCAAGUUCCUGCGUUCACGGUACCACAACUUUCUGAAGCAAUGGAUGUUCUUCAUGAGAAGGCUCGUGAGAAAAUGGUUCCUUUGGAAGAGGUGGCACCACUUGACCCUAAAAUGUUGGGUGGCCUAAAGCUAAGCUUAUCUGGUGAUCACCAGUUCAUCAAUGCUGGUCUUGCUGUCUCCCUUUGCAAAAAAUGGCUUCAAAGUACAGGGAACUGGGAAAAACUAUUCCAAAAUGAUAGCCUGGAAUACAAUUUGCCAGAGGCAUUUCUGAGAGGCCUUUCAACUGCUCAUCUUUCUGGAAGGGCUCAAAUUGUUCAUGAUCCUUUCCUAAAGUCUCACAGUCCUUCAGAAGUGAUGGAAAACUCUUCUGGAGAUUUAAUAUUUUACUUGGAUGGAGCUCAUAGUCCUGAGAGCAUGGAGGUUUGUGGCAGAUGGUUCUCUAAUGCUGUGAAAGUUAACAGGAAUCUAUCGUCGCAAUCUUCUUCUUUUAAGGUUGGGAAUGCAGAGGAACUAUGGGAAAAUGGUUAUGCCCACCAUGAAAAGGAGAAAGAAACGGACAAAAUAUCGAAGCGGAUACUUUUGUUCAAUUGCAUGGAGGUGAGAGAUCCUCAAAUUCUUCUUCCACAGCUUGUGAGUACAUGUGCUUCCUCAGGUACUCACUUCUCUAAAGCCAUUUUCAUCCCAAGUAUGUCAACAUACAACAAAGUUACUUCUGGUGCCACCGUCAUUCCAUUCGAUAUUCCUGCCAAGGACUUGUCGUGGCAAUUCAACCUCCAAAGAGUAUGGGAGAAGAUAAUUCAUGGGAAAGAUGUUGUGGUUGACAAGAGUCCCAAGAUGGAAGGCCCCCAAACCUUGCCACCCCACGAGUUCCUCUACAAGGAUCCUUCUCAUUGCAAUCCUGUGGAUAAAUAUUUUGCUUGCAGUGCGGUGAUUCCUUCAUUACCAUUGACAAUAAAUUGGUUACGGGAUUGUGUUAGAGAAAACCCUUCCCUUAGGAUUCAGGUUCUUGUAACUGGUUCAAUGCAUUUGGUUGGAGAUGUAUUAAAGCUACUAAGGAAAUGAUUACAGAUAUUGAACUUGAAGAUGCUUCAAAUAGCUAUUAUACCAAUGUAUUCUUUGCUCAUAUUUGCAUCCAAAUUGUUUCAGCAGCCAAGCUUCUUCAUAUCACUUUUAAGCAUCUGGUUAGACUCACAACACAUUUUGUUGUGUAAAUUACUUAAUGUUGUACUAUUAAAAAUAAUCAACACAUGUGAACCACAUUUGCAUAAUAGGGUUCAUUCAGCCCAUUUAAUAUUUUGUUAUUGGAUAAUGAUAAUAUGUGAUAUGGUAUCAUUAUUAUAUUAAAGUUUUUGUGUUCUUAAUUGGUGUAA